AGGCUCCAGCGUUCCUGAAAAUGAUCGUCUGGCUUCAAUUGCUGCUGAACUACAGUUUAGAUCAUUAAGCCGACAUUCAAGUCCCACAGAAGAACGAGAAGAGCCAUCUUAUCCAAAAGGGGAUACAAGUGGAACAGCCCGAAGAAGUUGGGAGCUUCGGACUCUUAUCAAUCAGACCAAAGACACUGCUUCCAGACAGGGACCUAUGGAAACAGUUCAGAAAUCUGUCCAGCUGUUUGAAGAAAAGAGGUACCGGGAAAUGAGACGGAAAAACAUCAUUGGCCAAGUUUGUGACACGCCCAAAUCUUACGAUAAUGUCAUGCACGUAGGCUUAAGAAAGGUCACUUUUAAGUGGCAAAGAGGAAACAAAAUUGGAGAAGGCCAAUAUGGGAAAGUUUAUACCUGUAUCAGCGUUGACACUGGUGAAUUGAUGGCAAUGAAAGAAAUCAGAUUUCAACCCAAUGAUCACAAAACAAUAAAAGAAACUGCAGAUGAAUUGAAAAUUUUUGAAGGCAUUAAGCAUCCUAAUCUAGUCCGCUACUUUGGUGUAGAACUUCACAGGGAAGAAAUGUAUAUCUUUAUGGAGUAUUGUGACGAGGGAACGCUGGAAGAAGUGUCGAGGCUGGGCCUCCAAGAGCAUGUUAUUAGACUCUACACAAAGCAGAUCACAACAGCCAUCAAUGUGUUGCACGAACAUGGUAUAGUGCAUCGAGAUAUUAAAGGAGCAAACAUCUUUCUUACAUCAUCAGGAUUGAUAAAGCUGGGAGAUUUUGGCUGCUCCGUAAAAUUAAAGAAUAACACCCAGACAAUGCCUGGGGAGGUGAAUAGUACUCUGGGAACUGCCGCAUACAUGGCUCCUGAAGUGAUUACUAGAGCUAAAGGAGAAGGCCAUGGACGAGCAGCAGACAUCUGGAGCCUUGGAUGCGUUGUGAUUGAAAUGGUCACAGGGAAGAGACCCUGGCAUGAAUUUGAGCAUAAUUUUCAGAUCAUGUAUAGGGUAGGAAUGGGUCAUAAGCCCCCGAUUCCUGAAAGGAUAAGUCCAGAAGGAAAAGAUUUCCUUUCUCAUUGCCUGGAGAGUGAUCCAAAGAUGAGAUGGACAGCUAGCCAGCUCCUCGAUCAUUCAUUUGUCAAGGUGUGCACAGAUGAAGAAUGAAGCUAUGCACAUGGUUGCCUGUAUUCGGGUGAAGUAUUUUUGAAUCACUACUAUAUGUAAUAUUUACAUUUGGACUGUGUUGAGACACAGGAUAUGACUCAAGGCCUAACAUGACUGAAGACUGCACAAGUGACAGGCGUCACUUUUACUGCUGCUGCUGUUUGUUUCCCUUGGCACCUGUUGUUCCCCUGGCAGCCCCAUGAGUUUAAAGAAGCUGCAUGUUUCAGUGAAAGUGCCAUUACUACUGUAUAAUGGACCAUGACCUUAUUUUUGUCCUUUCUCUGUUUCUCAGAUGACUGAGAACUGUAAUGUUAAUAUGUAGGAUUUUUGAACUUUUAGGUUCAAAAACAAAGUUAGUGUUAUAUCAGGCAUUCUGAACCUUAUUUUUAAUCUCCUGUUUGUUGAGUGCACUGACUGUGAACUUCUAUUUUUCUGUUUUUUUGUUUCUGUUUUUUAUUGGCCAGCUUGAUUCGUUAUGCAGACGUUGAUUGAAGAAAUUUAAAAGCUUUUUCUCAAUAAAUGGUUUAUUUUAGGAA